CUGUAAUGUUUUUCUCUAAUGUCUCGAUCCUCUGAAUGUCUCAGGUGAUCCAGUGACUUAAAUCCCUGCAGACCUUUUGACAUAGUGAGUGAAUCCAGUCCCAGCGUCACACACACACACACACAGCAUAGUGAGCAUUACCUGUGUGUAGAAGAUUAGGCAGCACAGGAAGAUUAGUCCCUAGCGUUACUUCCUGCUCUUUGAUUCUUCAUCCUGCACUCACUGGGGCAACGUCUCAUGGCGUCAUGCCUGUUGACUAUGCAGAGAUAAUGUGUAGAAUAUGGUAGGUCUCUGUUCACAGAUUCUCCAGCAGGUGUUUCGUUCAAAGUGAAUGCAUCAGGAGUGUGUGGCACCAUGACGUUGUUUCUACUGCUGCUGCUGCUGUUUGGCUGUUUGCAAAGAGCCAUUUCUCAGUCGCCUGGAUGGAACGAGGAGGCAGAAGGUAGUGGCCUGACAGAAUGGCUGCCUCAGCCACAUUUCAUCGAUGACAUCUAUUGGACUGGCACAGCCCCCGUUUGUGUGGGCGGCUGUAAGGGGCGGCACAAGGAGCUGAGGAGAGAUCCUUGUGGAGACUCGAGCUGCUGCUGGCUCGGAUACAAGUCCCUGUGCAGAGUUAACUGUGGAAGGCCAGAUGUGGACUAUAAUGGAGCAAUAUACGGUAACGACUGGUGGGUGGGCUCUGUGGUCACGUACACCUGUCGCUCCGGCUUCAUGCUUUUGGGAAAUCCAACCAGUACUUGUCAGGCUAGCGGCCUCUGGACCCCGAAACCUACCUGCCUCAGAAUGUGUCCUCAGGGACGUAUUGAAAUCAGUGAAAGGGAAUUAAGUGGUUCAUGUAACUCCAACUGCACUAAUAAGAGUUACUUCGGCCCCCCAAAACAAGGCUGCUCUCGGAUAGACAACUGUGAGAAGAAGCAGACGGGCUGGAAGCGUUUCUUUGCGCAGUGUGUCCCUUGCAUUUGUGACUGCGCUUUAUCAUGUGCAUCUGCAGGCUAACACAUGGGGGAAAAACAACAUGUUGACUGUACGGUGAUAUUAUUGAAUGAAGAAGAAAUACACAGACAGCUUGUACAUUGAAGAGACACUGUAUGUUUUGCUGCUUCUUCCAACUGUGCCGACAAAUCGGUGGAAAAAAUAUGUUUUUUUAAGUCAUUAAUUUAAUCACUCUGGCCGACAAUGACUCCUUGGUUUCUUGGAUUUUACACAAAGACAAGAACAUUUCAGUGCCUCAGGUUCAAAUUCUUCUACGUCAGCAGGGAAUGAUAAAUGAGGCCGAACUUUGAAAUGAACUCAACGAUUUAAGGAAGAAAAACUUCUAUCAGUUAAUAACCCUCUGUGUCAGACUUGGGUCAAGUUUUAGAUUCUUUGAAUGAUAGUUCAAAGAGGAGUGUUGACAUGGAUUAUCUGACAUGCUCUGUGUGACAUGUUUGCAUCUGUAACAGAAAGGAAGAAAUAAAGAUAAAAACCAGGAAAGAGGUGAAGUGAAACCGCAGAGAUUAACCGCUCUGCUUCGUGACUCCUCGUCUCAGUCCAUCUGCACUGGAAGGAGAUGAAACCUUAAUCCUGUUACGAGGGAGGAGCUUUGGGUUUUGAGACGCAGUAAACUCUUUAAGUGUUGUGAAAGUCCUAUCAGCUGGAUGAACUGUACAGGUAGAAUACAGUGUUUGCUUUCUAAUAUUUGAAUUAUUCAAACAAAAUCCCUGUAUUUGUUGAUAAUUCAAAUGUUAAUUUUUUUUUUACUGAGGGAUUGUUCAAAUGUGAAACGAUGACUCGUGCAUUUCAAAAGAACAGUUGUUGGCCUAUCUGAAGUUGAAGCAUCCACAUGCUGAUCUCAGCAGUAAACAGCUCUCUAUGAUUCUCAUCCUUUGUUUUCUUAGGACUCUGCAGAAUCUAUGGACAAUUUAACAAUUGAGAAAAUAAUCUGUGCCACAUUUCUCAUCAGAUUUUAAGUUGCCCUGAGCUGACAAAUGUUGCCACUCUCAGAUGUUGUAUAUAAAACUCUCUCAAUGGUCAGUACACAUCCUGACAUGUCUUAUUAUAUUGUUGGUUUGGUCUGCUAAAUUUAAAUUUCAUGCAAUCCUAACGCCCCAUCUAUAUUUUCUUAAAGUCCAAAGUGAUUUAAAAAUAA